UGCGGUUUGCUGCCCCACAUCCUGAUUGCUGGGCGUUGAGCUUCUACAGUUCUCUGCUUUGUGACGGUGUGGCCGCGUUUCUUUCACUUUCAUAGAGGUUCAUGUUUUUGCAGAAGGUUUUUGGGGAGAUAAAGUCCAUGCAAAGUUGUGAGUAAGAUGCCUUAUGCUGAAACUGAAGCUAAGUUCUUGGGACCUGGAGAAGAACUAACAAGUGAACCAUGCUAUAAAAAAUUAAAGACAACUGUAGAGACUUAUGUUUUCCCUCAUCACAGGAGUUCUGAUUUUCACAAAAUCCAACCGAGAACUGAAAAUAAUUGGGUGGUCAUAAUUGAUGACAAAGGACAGAGGCAUCCUCAGGAGGACAAAACUAAAACUACAGAUUUGCUGAAACCUUUGCAUGAUGAGAUGCCUGGUAAUGGACGAGACGUUAUCGAAUCCAUUGGUUCACGAGUUUUACAGGAUGGAAAUCCUCCAUUAGUGUCUACAGAUGAUGAAAUAUAUAGCACAAGUAAAGCGUUCAUAGGACCCAUUUACAAACCCCCUGGGAAAAAGAAAUGCAAUGCAAGAAGGAAAGAAAUAGACACUCUCAGUGAUAUAAAUGGCAAAGGAAGAGGAGAGGAGAAACAGAAAUUUAACUCCAAAAAGUCAGAGAUUGAUACUGAAUUAUCCCAGUUUUACAAAGAAAUCCAAGAGCUUGAAAAUGAAAAAGAUGAUUCAGAAAGCAGUUGCAAGGAACCUGAACCUUCUCAAGAACAAGUUAUUCCAUAUCAGGGCUAUAAUAAUGAUGUUUUAAAAUCCGAUGAAGAAAAUAAAGAUCUCAGUAAUGCUUUUCAGUCAUAUUGUGGUUAUCAGCAGUACGUGGGGAAUGAGCCAAGUCAAUAUCCCUUCCAUGAACAAGUGAUACCUACAUUUUGUGAUCCUUCAUUUACUUCCCUCAGGCCUGAAUGGCAGUCAGUGCAUCCAUUUAUAAUACCCCAUGAUCCUCCUCUUCCCAGUUACCAUUUAAACAUUCAAAGAUUCAGUGCUCCACCAAAUCCACCACAAAUACCUGCUCAAGAUGACUCUCACAUACAAAACGGGUAUUAUGUAAAUAGUUGUCAUGAUAACUGGAAUUGUUUGACUUUUGAUCAGAACAAUGAAUAUAAUGACUAUAGUGAAAAUAGUAGUGUUCAUCCCUCCAGAAAUGGUUACAGUAUGCAAGAUGGAUAUGUGACUGAUAGUUUUUGUGAAAUCAGAGAAUGCUGGAAAGAUCCUUAUAUGGACAGAUUUGUGGACCAGCAGUUGCAAGAAGAAAAGUUAAAUAAAUUGCAGAAGUUACUUAUUCUUUUGAGAGGUCUGCCUGGUUCUGGGAAAACAACGUUGUCUCGAAUUCUGCUUGGUCAGAGUCGCGAUGGCAUUGUGUUCAGCACUGAUGACUAUUUUCAUCAUCAAGAUGGGUACAGGUAUAAUGUUAAUCAACUUGGUGAUGCCCAUGAUUGGAACCAGAACAGAGCAAAACAAGCUAUUGAUCAGGGGAGAUCUCCAGUUAUAAUAGACAACACUAACACACAGGCUUGGGAAAUGAAACCAUAUGUGGAAAUGGCCAUAGGAAAAGGAUACAGAGUAGAGUUUCACGAACCUGAAACUUGGUGGAAAUUUGAUCCUGAAGAAUUAGAAAAGAGGAAUAAACAUGGUGUGUCUCGAAAGAAGAUUGCACAGAUGUUGGAUCGUUACGAAUAUCAAAUGUCCAUCUCUAUUGUAAUGAAUUCAGUGGAACCACCACAGAAAAGCACACAAAGACCCCCUCCUCCACAGGGGAGACCGAGAGAAAGACUUUUGAAGAAAAUGGGGCACAGGCUCAGCCAAACCAAACAGAAGAGAAAUAGAAAAAAAAACAGAAAGUAUAACAAUCUUAGUGAAAUCAUGGAUGAAAACUCACUUGAAACCUUAUGUUAUCUUACGCCAGGAGAUCAGCACCCACUUCAGAGUGAAAAGGAAGAUUUUGAAGAGACAAAAACAGGGUGUUCCUUCACUGGUGGCCUACAAAAUGAGUUUGGAGAUUUUGUGAAUGUCUGUAAAGAAAAAAGUUGGAAAAACAUAGAUCCUGAAGAUAGUUUUAAAAAUGUUAAGUCUGCAGUUGAAUUGGACAACACAUCAAAGAAUUGCUUCCCUAAGGAAGAUGAUGGCUUGUUUCUUACUUUGUCAUCAAUGCCAAAUGAAAGCUCUUUUAUUUGUCCCACAGGGACUCAAAAUUUUUCCUGGAUCACAAGGGAUGACUGCUCUGGCAUGGAGGUAGAAAAGCAUAUGGGAGAUAGGUAUAACUUGGCAUUAGAUGCACAGGACCUAUUUGCUGAAACCCCAUGUUCAGUUAUGCAGAAGACAGAGGUGGUAGAUCAAAGAUUGCCAAGUGAACCAGUUUUGUGCCAUCAGCAUAGAUCCAGAACCUCACAGAAAGUCUUAAGAGAGGAACAAGGAGUACAAACAACUAGAAACAAUUAUUGGGCUUUUUUCACAACCAAUUUAUCUGAUGAAGAAUUACAGCUAGGCUCUGAGAGACAAUCGUAUUUUGGUAGCUGGCCUGAGGGACCUCAUAAAUUUGUGUGUGAACAGAGACCAAAGAAAGACAGAUCAUGUAAACUGGCCUGUCCUGACAGCAAGGAGCAACUGAUAAAAUUGAUCUCCACUUCUGAAGGAACAUCGGUACCAGGAAACAGCCCAGAAAUAUUGAUAGAGGAGAAAUUACUGAUAGAAAAUGAAGAUUUGUCACUUACAACUGAAACUAUAGAUCCAUUCAGAGAACCAGAAACAAAUAACUUUGUAAGCUGCUUACAUCAACUGGAUGAAUCAACAGAGAGUAACAAAAGGAGGCAGAAAAGGAUUUUCAAUUUGGCACCAAAUUUUAGCUUACUGGGACAGAGUCAUAUCAGUGCAAAAGACAGGGAGGAACACUUCCUGUUAUCAGAAAACCAUGGACUGAACAUCAUUUUAGGAGAAGGAAAACAUAGAAUUUCAGAAAUAACUAACACACCAGAGAAAAAGCAAAAAAUUAUGACCUUUGAUCAUCAUCCAUUGUAUUUUUACCUUGAUAUUAUCAACGAUUCCUUUCUAAUGAAGGGUGAACAGUUUUAUUCUCUUUACUUGUCACUUAAUAGACUAGGUCAUGCUGUGUAUUUUUACAAAAACCCUGUUCCUUCUCUUGUGCUACAUUAUAUAUCUAGCUUUUGGAUGGUAUCUUGUACCAGCAAGAAAACAUUUUUGACUUUCAAAUCUCAGACAAUAAUAGGUAACAGACUAAAUGAUAUAGAGUUUAUUUCCUCAGAAAAUUUAAGUAGCCAGCCUGAUACUUUGUGCUGUUUGAAGGCUACUUCUGAUACUCAGUUUUUAAAUGAAAGAACUGGUGAGAAGAUGAAGAGUUGCGAAGAAUCUAAGCCGUUACAGUAUUUACCAACUGAGGAUCACCAAGAUUUAAGGAGCAUUGAUUUUAAUCCCCUUUGGCUACCGUUAUCACAAGGGUUUGCCUUUCAACUAGUUAAGCUUUUUGGAGCUCCUGGAGUGCCAAUGGAAACCUUGUUGCCUGAUGACUAUAUGAUUCCCCUUGACUGGAAGACACUGAAGAUGAUCUAUUUGCAAUGGAAGAUGUCAGUAGAGAAAAGACAGAAGAAUAAGAAGAAUACGUUAAAAUGAAAAUCCCUUGAACACUGACUCUGUGGCCUCGGAGGUGCUGUUGCAGAUCCCGAUCAUGGAGAAAAUCAGAGCUCAGUGCUGACUUGAAGGAUUCCAUCCAGGAUAUACCCACUGGCAACCCACGCUAGUGUGGAUGAUCUGUCCAACUGUUCUUGAUAAGUUGUCUGAAUAAUAAAAAUCUCAACUGAAGAGGUAACAGUUUAAACACCUUAUUAUCUGAUUUGAAGAUGCUUGAGUAACUUUGUUUUAUAGAAGAAAAUAAGGCACAGAAAACUCAAGAAGCUUAUUUUUGAAAUUGCAUUAGGUUUGGAAGGGUAAGCCCUAUGUCCAGGUAUUGAUUUAUGAUCACAUUGCUAGAGUUCUAAAAUCCAAAAGGCUCUGAAAACCAAAAGUUUUUCCAAUUUUUUUAUUGUAAUAAAAUGCACAAUAAAAUUUAUCAUCUUAAUCACUCUUAAGUAUAGUAUAAUACAUUACUAAUAUCCCAUUAUCACCACCAUCCAU